AAACUCUCAUGGCUGAGUAACAACUCUGUCGACAGAGGGACGCCCAUGUCCCCUAAGCAACGGCCUGAUUAAUGCAAACACAGUGUUACUAUGGAGGCCGAGACACAAUCACUUCAUGCACUCACCGGGACUGACCCGGGACAGCAGCGCACCCCACGGACAUGGACUACUCACCUGCUGAGGACAAAAGAUUUGACUUUAUAGCGGACCGUCUGCUGAGGUCUCUGAAACUUAAACAGGACAAAUGGCAGAAAUGCAUGUCCAGCGAGGAGAACAGGCAGGUGGUGCAGGAGUUCCUGGACAAACGCGAGCAGAGGACCCUGGUGGUGUCAGUGACCGCGGCCGGACUGCUGCAGCCCGCCGCCGCCUUCACAGGCAGCUCCAAACACAAGGCGGUGUACUUUGUGAAAAAGAAGAGCACAGCGCUCAGCCCAGACUCCAUGAGAGCCAACGUGGUGUACGGGGACUUGGCUCACACCCCACUGGAGCACUUUUCUGCUCUGGUUGAGGUUGUGGCCCCAUUGCUAUCUAACAGUAGGAACCACGGUGAAUGGCCACAGGUAGUGUCACAGGAUGUCAGGCGUCAGGUUCACUCCCUCAAGGCCAGUGUGUUUGUAGUGUCAGGCCAAGUCCAAGGCAAGACUCUGUUGCCUCUCCCUGCUGGCUCUGAGAAAGUGGAGCAAGUCGCCCUGGAGACAGAAAAGAGGGGGGAGGUUGUGGAUAAGACCAUCAUCCACUCCUUGGAGUCAGCAGUGAUUGAAUGGAGCCAUCAGAUCCGAGCCAUCCUGAAGAAGGACUCCUCUGAAGCCCUGCUGGAAGGCAAAAAGCCCACACCUCACACGGAGCUGCGCUUCUGGAAGAACAGGUAUGCAGAUUUGCAGUGUAUCCACUCCCAGUUAAAAUCCUCUACGGUGAAUAAGAUGGUGCUGCUGUUGGAGGCUGUGGAGAGCAGCUAUUUCCCUGCUUUUGUGAACAUGCAAAAGGAUGUUCUUGCAGCUUUGGAGGAGGCAAAGGACAUCUGCAUCUACUUGCGGCCCCUAGAGCGCCUGUUUGAGGACAUGGAGAAUGUGGAGUUUUCUGAUGUCAAAGGCCAAAUCGGCCCUUUGAUGCACACAGUGUGCCUGGUGUGGGCCAACUCUAGAUAUUACAACCUCCCAGCUCGCCUUAUUGUUCUGAUGCAGGAGAUCUGUAACCUCCUCAUACAGCAGGCCUUGGUGUUUCUAGUUCCAGAAGAGGUUCUGAGAGGGGAGGUUUCAGAGAGUCUCAAGAAGGUGCAGACAAGCCUAGAGGUCCUGCAGCUCUUCAAGAGCACCUAUGAAGACCGGAGGGCAAACCUGAGCCAGUACCAGAAGAGCGGAAGCUUGGCCAGGCCUUGGGACUUUUCCCCGCUUUUGGUCUUUUCUGGGCUUGACCGCUUUAUUAACAGAGUCAAGACCAUUCAGGACAUCCUCUUAACAGCUGUGGACCUGUUGAAGCUUGAGAAAUUGGAGAUUGGAGGUGUCAGAGGCCGAGCGCUCAGCCAGCAGGUCCAGCUACUCUAUCAAGAGUUUGUGGACACUUACAAAUUCUUCACAGAGAAGCCCUAUGACUGCUUGGACCUCAGCAACAUGUCGAUCUCAGCCGAGGUAUCUGCCCUGCAGGAGUUUGAAGAAGAUGUUAGGGAGUUCAGACUGAGGGUGGAUGACACAGAUCGACGACUAGGGGCCAUCUUCUGUCAGGCCUUUGAUGACGCCUCCGGACUAGAGCAUGCCUUCAAGGUUCUGGAUAUGUUUGGUAGCUUGCUGCUGCGCUCCUUAGUGGCCGCAGAUGCUCUGGACAGAUACCCUUUCCUUGUCUCCAUGUUUGACAAGGAGCUGGACUGCUGUAAAGUUCUCUACAAGGAACACAUCCAAACCGCAGAGGCGCUGGGUUCAGCACCUGUGAAUAAGAAUAUGCCAACAGUAGCUGGAGGACUGAGAUGGGCCCAGGAGCUACAGCAGCGCAUCCAGAUACCCUUUUCCAAAUUCAGGCACCUGUCGUACCCAUGCCUGGAGUCUGCAGAAGGAGCCAGGGUCAUUCAGAAGUAUGAGGAGAUGAUGCAACUAUUGGACAGAUACUCGACCAGCCUGUAUGAGACGUGGACAGAGACCGUGUGCGAGACUUCUCAGUAUAACCUCAGCCUGCCAUUAAUCAGCAGAGACCCGACCACUCAGCUGAUCUCAGUCAACUUCAGCACUCAGCUGGCCUCUGUGCUUAGAGAAGUGAAGUACUUGGAGGCCACACAGGCGGAGGCCAUCCCUGAAACUGCAGUGCAGAUCUACACCACCAGGGGGCAGCUGUGGCAGUAUGUGACCAACGUGGAGCUCACUGUGGGCCGAUACAACAAGGUGAUGCAGUCUUUGCUUAACGUGGAGCGUCCUCUGGUUCAGGGCCAACUCAGGGAUAUCGACGCUCAGCUCAGAAGGGCAGAGGAGAAUCUGAACUGGAACAGUCAAGGUAUCUGGCAGUACAUCCAGGAGGUGCGUGACACUGUUUGUGACAUGGAGAGCCGAAUACAGAGAGCCAAAGACAAUGUCGAGGAGAUCCAGAGCUACAUGAGGUCCUGGGCCAGCCCCAUGUUCGACAGGAAGGAGGGGAAGAGAGACACCUUGCUCUGUCUGGAGGACAGGGCAGAGAGGCUGGACAGGUUUUACAGUCUGAUCCUAUCUUCAGGAGAAAAGAUCCACUUCCUGCUUAAGAGCAACCUGGCGCUGUUCAUAGCUGAGCCAUCAUCUGAAGAGUGGAAAGCCUAUGUGGAGUACAUCGAUGACAUGAUCAUAGAUGGCUUCUUCAACAGCAUCGAGUGUUCUCUCAGGUUCUUCCUGGAUAACACAGACCAGAGAGCAGUUGUGGCCCCUCUGUUUGAGGCUCAGCUGGAUUUGAGAGUCCCUGACAUUGUGUUCACUCCCUCUCUGGAGUUUGGAGCAGGAGACGGUUUCUUCGAGUUAGUGGAAAGUCUCAUCAGUGAUGUGUUCAGAAUCUCCUCACUGGUGCCACGCCUGGCCCAGCACAGCCCCUUUCCCCACUAUCAGGGUGACAUGGAGGACAUGGCUGACCUUGCAGACAUGCGUCAUCUCCUCAUGGAACGUGUGCAGAGUGUCAUGGCAACGUGCUGCGAGUUUCGCAACUCUUUGGAGUGCUACAGCUACCUGUAUGUGGACAAUAGGAAGGAGUUCAUGUGUCAGUUUCUUCAGUAUGGCCAUGUGCUCACCAGCCAGGAGAUGGAGGUUUAUGCUGAGGAUGGCGUCCCAGAGAGCCCACCAACACUGGACAACUUUAGGGAGCAGGUAGACAGGUAUGAAAAAAUCUAUGAGGAGGUGCAGGUUCUGGAGCCAGUCCACGUGUUUCAUGGGUGGAUGAAGGUGGAUGGCCAUAGCAUGAAGAGUGCCUUACUUAACAUCAUCAAAAAGUGGAGCUACAUGUUCAAACAGCACCUCAUUGACCAUGUAACCAACAGUCUGUCAGAUCUGGAGAAGUUUACUAGUGUGGCUGAGGCUGGUCUGGGCCAGCAGGUGGAGGAGGGUGACUACAAUGGCCUGGUAGGGGUCAUGGGUCACCUGUUGGCAGUAAAGGAAAGACAGAACACCACAGAUUCUAUGUUUGAGCCGCUACAGCAAACCAUCGCUCUCUUGAAGGUGUAUGAUCAGGAGCUCCCUGAUGUGGUCUACAAACAGCUGGAGGAGUUGCCAGAAAAGUGGAACAAUGUAAAAAAGCAAGCAAUGUUAGUCAAACAGCAGGUGGCGCUGCUGCAGGCCACCGAGGUGGCUAGCCUGCGUCGUAAGUGUGCUUCAUUUGACGUGGAACAACACAACUUCAGGGAGCACUUCCGUAACAAUGGGCCCUUCAGAUUUAACAGUGAGAGCCCCUACCAGAUGUUGGACAUGUUCCACCUGCAGAUCCAGGAACGGGAGGUGGUAAUGGCUUCCCUGGUGGAGUCUGCCAGCCUGUUCGAGGUCACUGUCUCUGAGUACAAACAGCUCCGACAGUGCAGGCGUGAAGUGUGUCUGCUGAAGGAGCUGUGGGACAUGAUCACUAUGGUGGAGUCCAGCAUGGCUGCAUGGAGGACCACUCCCUGGAGAGAGAUCCACGUGGAGGACAUGGAGCUGGAGUGCAAACACUUCUCUAAAGAUAUACGGGGACUUGAUAAAGAGGUUAGAGCAUGGGAGGCCUUCACAGAUUUGGACAGCAGAGUAAAGAACCUGCUCACCUCCCUCAGGGCUGUGGCAGAUCUCCAAAAUCCAGCCAUCAGAGCUCGACACUGGCACCAGCUGAUGACUGCUACUGGAGUCCGCUUCACCAUGGACCAGGGGACCACUCUGGCUGACCUGCUGCAGCUCAACCUGCACUGCUUUGAAGACGAGGUGAGAGGGAUUGUGGACAAAGCUGUCAAGGAGAUGGGGAUGGAGAAAGUCCUCUCAGAACUCAACUCCACCUGGACAGGUAUGCAGUUCCAGUAUGAGCCCCAUCACCGCACCCAGGUGCCUCUGCUGCACACAGAUGAGGAGCUGAUUGAGACCUUAGAAGACAACCAGGUCCAGCUGCAGAACCUCAUGUCAUCCAAGUACAUUGCCCACUUUCUGGACGAAGUGUCAACAUGGCAGAGCAAGCUGUCCAUCGCAGACUCUAUCAUCUCCAUCUGGUUUGAGGUACAGAGGACAUGGACCCACCUGGAAAGCAUCUUCAUUGGCUCUGAGGACAUCCGCUCACAGCUGCCCGAGGACUCUAGGCGCUUCGAGGGGAUUGAUGCCGAUUUCAAAGAGCUGGCAUAUGCUGUACAUCAAACGCCUAACGUAGUGGAGGCCACCAAUAAACCGGGACUGUUUGGUAAACUGGAGGACAUCCAGAGCAGGCUUUCUUUGUGUGAAAAAGCUCUGGCAGAGUACCUGGACACCAAGCGUCUGGCCUUCCCGAGAUUUUACUUCAUCUCUUCAGCUGAUCUGCUGGACAUCUUGUCUAAUGGGACCAACCCACACCAGGUCCAGAAGCAUCUGUCUAAGCUGUUUGACAACAUGGCUAAGAUGCAAUUUGAAGCAGAUGGACAGGGGAAUCCUUCUAAAACUGGACUGGGCAUGUACAGCAAAGAAGAGGAAUAUGUCCCCUUCAAUCAGUCCUGUGACUGCACUGGACAGGUGGAGGUGUGGUUGAACCGGGUGCUGGACGCCAUGCGCACCACAGUUCGAUAUGAGAUGACCGAGGCAGUGGUGGCCUAUGAGGACAAACCCAGGGAGCAGUGGCUGUUUGACUAUCCAGCUCAGGUGGCAUUGACCUGUACUCAGAUCUGGUGGACGUCUGAUGUUGGCAUGGCUUUUACCCGUCUGGAGGAGGGCUAUGACAACGCUAUGAAAGAGUACUACAAGAAACAGGUGACCCAACUCAACACCCUCAUCUCCAUGCUGAUUGGCCAGCUCACACCGGGCGAUCGGCAGAAGGUCAUGACCAUCUGCACCAUUGACGUCCAUGCCAGAGACGUGGUGGCCAAGAUGAUCGCUCAAAAGGUGGAGAAUUCUCAGGCUUUUGUAUGGCUCUCCCAGCUAAGACACCGUUGGGGCGACAAGGAGAAACAAUGUUUUGCCAACAUUUGCGAUGCCCAGUUUCUCUACUCCUACGAAUACCUGGGCAACACGCCACGAUUAGUCAUCACUCCUCUAACAGACAGAUGCUACAUCACCCUGACCCAGUCCCUCCACCUGACCAUGAGUGGGGCUCCAGCUGGGCCUGCAGGCACAGGCAAGACUGAGACUACCAAAGACUUGGGCCGAGCCCUUGGCAUCAUGGUCUAUGUAUUUAACUGCUCUGAACAGAUGGACUACAAGUCCUGUGGGAACAUCUACAAAGGCCUGGCUCAGACGGGAGCCUGGGGCUGCUUUGACGAAUUUAAUAGGAUCUCAGUGGAGGUGCUGUCUGUGGUGGCUGUACAGGUCAAAAGCAUCCAGGAUGCCAUUCGUGAUAAGAAGCAGAGGUUUAACUUCAUGGGAGAGGAAGUGAAUCUUUGCUCCUCUGUUGGCAUCUUCAUCACAAUGAAUCCAGGCUAUGCUGGCAGGACUGAGCUUCCUGAGAACCUCAAGGCUCUAUUCAGACCCUGUGCCAUGGUGGUGCCAGACUAUGAGCUGAUCUGUGAAAUCAUGCUGGUGGCCGAGGGCUUCAUUAACGCCCGUGUCCUCGCUAGGAAGUUUAUCACACUCUACACACUGUGUAAAGAGCUGUUGUCCAAGCAGGACCACUAUGACUGGGGCCUCCGAGCCAUCAAGUCUGUCCUGGUGGUGGCUGGCUCUCUGAAGAGAGGUGACCCCGACAGAGUGGAGGACCAGGUACUGAUGCGUGCCCUGAGAGACUUUAACAUCCCUAAGAUCGUGACCGACGACAUGCCUGUGUUCAUGGGGCUGAUCGGAGACCUGUUUCCUGCCCUGGACGUCCCCAGGAAGAGAGACCUAGACUUUGAGAAGCAUGUGAAGGAGUCCAUUCUGGACUUGAAGUUACAGCCUGAGGAUAAUUUUGUACUCAAGGUGGUGCAGCUGGAGGAGCUCCUGGCAGUGCGUCACUCUGUGUUUGUGAUCGGGAAUGCAGGCACUGGGAAGAGCCAGGUGAUGAGAUCUCUUCAAAGGACCUAUCAGAACAUGAAGCGCAGACCUGUGUGGGUGGAUCUUAACCCAAAGGCUGUGACCAAUGAUGAGCUUUUUGGGAUCAUCAACCCGGCAACCAGAGAGUGGAAGGAUGGCCUUUUCUCCAAUAUUAUGCGUGAACUGGCCAACAUCAGUCACAAUGGGCCUAAGUGGAUUGUUCUAGAUGGAGACAUUGACCCAAUGUGGAUUGAAUCCCUCAACACAGUCAUGGAUGACAACAAGGUGCUGACUCUGGCCAGUAAUGAGCGGAUUCCUCUGAACCCCACCAUGAGGCUUGUGUUUGAAAUCAGCCACCUUCGCACUGCGACCCCUGCUACUGUAUCCAGAGCAGGUAUCCUUUACAUAAACCCAGCAGACCUCGGCUGGAACCCGCCAGUGUCCAGCUGGAUUGACAGGAGGGAGGUCCAGUCAGAGAAGGCCAAUCUGACCAUACUGUUUGACAAAUACCUCCCCUCUUGUCUAGAUGGCCUCAAAUCAAGGUUUAAGAAGAUCAUUCCUAUCCCUGAGCAGAGUUUGAUCCAGAUGCUGUGCUACUUGCUGGAAUGUCUGCUGAUUCCAGAAAACACCCCGCCAGACUCCACCAAGGAGCUGUAUGAGCUCUAUUUUGUCUUUGCUGCUGUUUGGGCCUUUGGGGGAGCCAUGUUCCAGGACCAGCUGGUCGACUACAGAGUGGAGUUCAGCAAGUGGUGGGUGGCCGAGUUCAAAACCAUCAAGUUCCCAUCCCAGGGCACUGUCUUUGAUUACUACAUCGACCCCGAGAGCAAGAAGUUUGAACCCUGGUCUAAAAUGGUGCCCAAGUUUGAGAUGGAUGCGGAUACACCGCUUCAGGCAUGCCUGGUCCACACGACAGAGACCAUUCGGGUGCGUUACUUCAUGGACCGCCUACUGGAGCAUCGUCGGCCUGUCAUGUUGGUCGGGAAUGCUGGGACUGGGAAGUCUGUUCUGGUUGGGGACAAACUAGGAUCCUUGGAUGCAGAGAAAUACAUGAUUAAAAAUGUCCCCUUCAAUUAUUAUACCACAUCUGCUAUGCUCCAAGCGGUAUUGGAAAAGCCCCUUGAAAAGAAAGCAGGGCGUAACUACGGACCUCCAGGCAGCAGACGGCUGAUCUACUUCAUAGACGACAUGAAUAUGCCCGAGGUGGAUGCAUAUGGCACAGUGCAGCCUCACACACUCAUACGGCAACACAUGGACUACAACCACUGGUAUGACCGUAAUAAGCUGCUUUUGAAGGAAAUACACAGCGUUCAGUAUGUGUCUUGCAUGAACCCCACAGCUGGCAGCUUUACUAUCAAUCCACGACUACAGCGCCACUUCUCUGUCUUUGCCCUGUCGUUUCCGGGAGCUGAGGCUCUGAGCACCAUCUACACCUCCAUCCUGACUCAGCACCUGAGAGGGGAAGGCUUCAACGUCACCCUACAGAAGAGCUGCCCCACCCUGGUCCAGUUGGCCCUGGCCCUGCAUCAGCAUGUCUCCUCCACCUUCCUCCCCACUGCUGUCAAGUUCCACUACAUUUUUAACCUGAGAGACCUCUCCAACAUCUUCCAGGGUAUUCUCUUCUGUUCUGGCGAGUGUCUAAAAACCCCUCCUGACCUGGUGAAAAUCUACCUGCACGAGUCCAACCGGGUCUACAGAGACAAGCUUUUGGAGGAGCAGGACUUCCAGGUCUUUGAUAAGCUGCAGGCGGACACAGUGAAAAAGUUCUACGAGGACAUGGAGGAGACUCUGGAACAGACCAGGGAGAUGAACCUGUACUGCCACUUCGCUCAUGGUCUAGGGGAGCCAAGGUACAUGGCUGCAGAGUCCUGGAGCAGCCUCAGUAAAAUCCUGCUGGAGGUGUUGGACAGCUACAAUGAGGUGAACGCCACCCUAAACCUGGUGCUGUUCGAGGAUGCCAUGGCUCACAUCUGCCGCAUAAACCGAAUCCUGGAGUCUCCAUGGGGUAAUGCGCUGCUGGUCGGAGUUGGCGGCAGUGGCAAGCAGAGUCUGACCCGGCUGGCUGCCUUCAUCUCCAGUCUGGAGGUUUUCCAGAUCACCUUGAGAAAAGGCUAUGGUAUCUCUGACCUAAAGAGUGACCUGGCCUCCCUCUACAUCAAAGCUGGCGUGAAGAAUAUUGGCACCGUGCUCCUGAUGACUGACGCCCAAGUGGCAGACGAGAAGUUCCUCGUUCUGGUCAACGAUCUGCUGGCAUCGGGAGAGAUUCCUGACCUGUUCCCAGAUGACGAGGUGGAGAACAUCAUUGGCAGCAUGAGGCCAGAGGUCCGUGGCUGGGGACUGAUGGAUACAAGGGAAAACUGCUGGAAGUUCUUCAUCGACCGUGUUCGCAGACAGCUCAAGGUGGCUUUGUGUUUCUCUCCAGUGGGUAGUAAACUGAGGGUUCGCAGUAGGAAGUUCCCUGCAGUGGUGAACUGUACAGCGAUUGACUGGUUCCACGAGUGGCCACAAGAGGCGCUGGAGUCAGUCAGCCUCAGGUUCCUCCAGGAGGCGGGGAAUAUUGAACCUCAAGUAAAGGAGUCAGUCAGUAAAUUCAUGGCAUACAUACACAUGAGUGUCAACCAGACAUCCAAGGAGUAUCUGGCCAGUGAGCGGCGCUACAACUACACCACACCCAAGUCUUUUCUGGAGCAGAUCAAGCUGUAUCGUAGUCUGCUGGGUCAGAAGAGUAAAGACCUCAUUACCAAGAUGGAGCGACUGGAGAACGGCCUGCAGAAGCUCAACAGCACCUCCGCUCAGGUAGAUGACCUCAAGGCCAAGCUAGCUGCUCAGGAGGUGGAGCUUAAGCAGAAGAACGAAGAUGCUGAUAAGCUGAUCCAGGUGGUCGGGAUAGAGACUGAGAAGGUGUCCAAGGAGAAGGCAGUGGCUGACGAGGAAGAGCAAAAGGUGGCAGCCAUUGCUGUGGUAGUCAGCGGAAAACAGAGAGACUGUGAGGAGGACUUGGCCAAGGCUGAACCAGCUCUUCUAGCCGCCCAGGAUGCCCUCAACACUCUAAAUAAGAACAACCUGACAGAACUGAAGUCAUUUGGCUCUCCGGUAGCAGCGGUGACCAAUGUCACUGCCGCAGUCAUGGUCCUGAUGGCACCCGGUGGCAAAGUCCCAAAGGAUCGCAGCUGGAAGGCUGCAAAGGUGAUGAUGGCCAAAGUUGAUGCGUUCCUGGACUCACUGAUAAACUUCAACAAAAAGAACAUCCCAGAGGCUUGCCUUAAAGCUAUCCAGCCUUACCUGCAGGAUCCAGAGUUCCAGCCUGAUCUGGUAGCCUCCAAGUCAUACGCAGCGGCGGGGCUAUGCUCAUGGGUUUUAAACAUUGUCAAGUUCUAUGAGGUGUAUUGUGAGGUGGAGCCUAAGCGCCAGGCUCUGACUGAGGCCAACGCAGAGCUGGCUGCUGCACAGGAGAAACUUGCUGCCAUCAAGACCAAGAUUAAUCACCUUAAUGAGAACCUGGCCAAGCUGACAGCCAAGUUUGAGAAAGCCACAGCAGAUAAGCUCAAGUGUCAACAGGAAGCAGAAUCAACCGCACGCACCAUUUCCCUGGCCAACCGCCUGGUUGGGGGUCUGGCAUCAGAGAACGUGCGUUGGGCUGAGGCUGUAGAAAACUUCAAGAAACAAGAGAGGACUCUGUGUGGGGACGUCCUCCUCAUCACUACCUUCAUCUCCUACCUGGGAUACUUCACCAAACGCUACAGGCUUCAGCUUAUGGACAACACUUGGAGGCCAUAUCUCAAUCAGCUGAAGGUUCCUAUCCCGGUGACCCCUGACUUGGACCCUUUGACCAUGCUGACGGACGAUGCUGACGUUGCAGUGUGGCAGAACGAGGGGCUGCCCGCCGACAGGAUGUCUACAGAGAAUGCAACCAUUCUCACUUCCUGCCAGCGUUGGCCCCUGAUGGUGGACCCCCAGCUACAGGGCAUCAAGUGGAUCAAAAACAAAUACGGCGAGGACCUGCGUGUCAUCCGCAUUGGACAGAAAGGAUAUCUGGAUGCCAUAGAGAGAGCACUGGCAGCAGGCGAUGUGAUUCUGAUAGAGAACUUGGAGGAAACACUGGAUCCUGUUCUUGGACCUCUGCUGGGCAGGGAAACUAUCAGGAAGGGCAGGUACAUAAAGAUCGGAGACAAGGAGUGUGAGUACAACCCCAGUUUCCGCCUCAUCCUGCACACCAAGCUUGCCAGCCCUCAUUACCAGCCGGAGCUGCAGGCUCAGUGCACGUUGAUCAAUUUCACAGUGACCAGAGAUGGUCUGGAGGACCAGCUGCUGGCCGCAGUGGUCAGCAUGGAGAGACCUGACCUGGAACAGCUGAAGUCGGACUUGACGAAGCAGCAGAAUGGUUUCAAGAUCACUCUGAAGACACUGGAGGACAACCUGCUGUCUCGUUUGUCCUCAGCUUCUGGAAACUUCCUGGGUGACACAGAGCUGGUGGAAAACCUGGAGACAACCAAACGCACUGCCGCUGAGAUUGAAGUGAAGGUAAAAGAAGCCAAGGUGACAGAGGCCAAAAUCAAUGAGGCCCGUGAGCACUACCGACCGGCAGCAGCACGAGCUUCCUUAUUGUACUUCAUAAUGAACGACCUCAAUAAAAUCCACCCCAUGUACCAGUUCUCUCUCAAGGCGUUCAGUGUGGUCUUCCAGAAAGCAGUUUUGAAGGCUGAGCCGGACGAGACUCUGAAGCAGCAUGUGUCCAACCUAAUUGACAGCAUCACCUCCUCAGUAUUCCAGUACACCACCAGAGGCCUGUUUGAAUGUGACAAGCUCACGUACACCGCUCAGCUCGCUUUCCAGACAUUACUGAUGAAUAAAGAAAUAAACCCUGCAGAGCUGGACUUCCUUCUAAGAUACCCUGUCCAACCAGGUGUAACAUCACCAGUGGAUUUCCUAUCGAGCCGCUCCUGGGGAGGGAUCAAAUCCCUGUGCUCCAUGGAAGCAUUCAGAAACCUGGACCGAGACAUUGAAGGGUCAGCCAAACGCUGGAAGAAGUUUGUGGAAUCCGAAUGUCCAGAAAAAGAGAAAUUUCCCCAGGAGUGGAAGAACAAAACGUCUCUUCAGAGACUGUGCAUGAUGAGGGCCCUGAGGUCUGAUCGCAUGACGUACGCUGUCAGAGACUUUGUAGAGGAGAAACUGGGAAGCAAGUAUGUGAUUGGCAGAUCACUGGACUUCGCUGUUUCCUUUGAAGAGUCGGGUCCAGCUACGCCCAUGUUCUUCAUCCUCUCUCCUGGAGUUGAUCCUUUGAAGGAUGUGGAGAAACAUGGAAAGAAGCUGGGCUACACAUUUGACAACAAGAAUUUCCACAAUGUUUCUCUGGGUCAGGGUCAGGAGAUUGUAGCUGAGCAAGCCCUUGAUUUGGCAGCUAAGAACGGCCAUUGGGUCAUUUUACAGAAUAUCCACUUGGUGGCUCGCUGGCUGGGUACUUUAGAGAAACUUCUGGAGCAGCAUGCAGAGGGAAGCCAUGAAAACUUUAGGAUGUUUGUCAGUGCUGAGCCCUCCUCCACCCCUGAAGGUCACAUCAUCCCACAGGGCAUCCUGGAAAACUCCAUCAAGAUCACCAAUGAGCCACCUACUGGCAUGCACGCCAACCUGCACAAAGCCAUGGAUAACUUCAACCAGGACACACUAGAAAUGUGUGCACGGGAGAAUGAGUUUAAAAGCAUUUUGUUUGCUUUGUGCUACUUCCAUGCGGUUGUGGCAGAGAGGAGAAAGUUUGGUCCUCAGGGCUGGAACAGAUCGUACCCCUUUAACACCGGAGACCUCACCAUUUCUAUCAAUGUCCUCUACAACUACCUGGAAGCCAAUCCUAAGGUGCCAUAUGAUGACUUACGCUACCUGUUUGGUGAGAUCAUGUACGGCGGUCACAUCACAGAUGACUGGGAUCGCCGCCUGUGUCGGACCUACCUGGAGGAGUUUAUCAAGCCCGAGAUGAUGGAAGGAGAGCUGUACCUGGCACCUGGCUUCCCCUUGCCUGGAAACAUGGACUAUAACAGCUACCACCAGUACAUUGAUGACACCCUGCCUGACGAGUCACCCUACCUGUAUGGUCUUCAUCCCAACGCUGAGAUCGGCUUCCUCACACAAACCUCCGAGAAGCUUUUCCGCACUGUGCUGGAGAUGCAGCCCAGGGAUGGAGGAGUCGGUGAGGGCAGUGGGACGACACGAGAGGAGAAGGUGCGUGCAGUGUUAGAGGAGAUCAUGGAUAGACUCCCGGAGGCUUUCAACAUGGCCGAGCUGCUGGGGAAAGCAGAAGAGCGAACGCCCUACCAGGUGGUGGCGCUGCAGGAGUGUGAGCGCAUGAACCUCCUCACCCAGGAGAUCAGACGCUCCCUCCAUGAGCUCAGCCUGGGACUGAAGGGAGAGUUAACCAUGACCAGUGACAUGGAGAGCCUUCAGAAUGCCAUAUUCUUGGAUGUAGUCCCUGACAGAUGGACCAAGCGGGCUUACCCAUCCAUGUGUGGCCUAGCCCUGUGGUUCACUGACCUGCUGGCCAGGAUCAAGGAGUUAGAAGCCUGGUCAACUGACUUUGUAUUACCCUCUGCGGUGUGGCUGGCCGGCUUCUUCAACCCUCAGUCCUUCCUCACAGCCAUCAUGCAGGCUAUGGCUCGAAGAAAUGAGUGGCCUCUUGACAGUAUGGGUCUCCAGUGUGAUGUUACCAAGAAGAAUCGUGAGGACUUCAGUUCCCCACCGCGCGAAGGGGCCUAUGUACAUGGGCUAUACAUGGAAGGCGCACGCUGGGACACACAGACUGGCAUUAUUGUAGAUGCCCGGCUGAAAGAGCUCACCCCGACCAUGCCGGUGAUCUUCAUCAGGGCCAUCCCAGUGGACAAACAGGAGAGCAGGAACGUCUACCAGUGUCCUGUCUACAAGACCCGUCAGAGGGGACCUACAUACGUGUGGACCUUCAACCUGAAGACCAAAGACAACCCCUCCAAGUGGACCUUAGCCGGAGUGGCCUUACUUCUGCAUAUCUAGCAGGAGUUUAUUUGUGCUGUUAUAAAUAUGGUGAUGGUGCCAGAAGAGUUAAUAGUUAGAAUCACAUUUGGACCUACACUGUGUACUGUAAACACUGAAAGAAGAAAUAACUGUUCUCUCACAAAUGAAAUAACUUAACUCAUUCUCAAUUCACUCAGGGGUUUUCUAGCUACAGCUUUAUUUGGUCUGAUAAGACCAAUGGGUGUUAACUAAUGUUAACAAAAUUUAAGAUAACUGACCUUACUGAGUCAGUUUAUUGGCUUUUUUUACUUGUGAUUCUUUUACACUAAGUUUUAGCACAUACAGCUUUGUUAAGUGCCUAAAUGUGCAGCGAAAUUUCAUUCAAUUUUGUUCUUGCUGGAACAGACUUGAAUGACAGUAAAGUCUAUCUGUCUAUCUGUCUGUCUGUCUGUCUGUCUACAGGGUGUGUGAAAAGUAACUAGGCAUUAAAAAUUGGCUAUAAUGCCUAGUUACUUUUCACCCACCCUGUAGUCACAGAUAAACAUUUCAGGGGUGAGCAACUGUGCAUAUUUCAGUUUCUACAGAGAGCACCUACAACACAUUGUUUGACUCUCUCAUUGUGUAGUUACUUUCUGGAUGUUGCAAUUCAAGAUUUAGUUUCUUGCCAUUUGGUGAUCACCUUUAAAUGCAGGUUUCUGGGCCUUUAAUAGCUGUAGACUGUUAAACAUCAAACAUGACUGGCAUGUAGACUUCGUUCGAACUGCUGCUUCUAAGUUAUUAAAAUGCUAAUUGUCCUGUAUGCGUGUGUGGAGAAAUUCUUUGUCUGUGAGUCACUUUAUGAGGAGGUGUUUUUAGACUGUGGCUGUUUGGGGAAUAUGACCACAUAAAUGUAACUACUGGAUUAUUCUACAGGUUAUAGCUGAAUGUAAAUGUGUGAAAGUCCCUACACACAUUUUCUAAUAACAAUCGUGUCUUAAUUGACCAUAUACAGUAUAUAUUUUUAUGAC